UUCUUCUGCGGCGCCCGCCUUCGCCUCUUCCUCCUCCUCCGUCACCAGCGCUUCUCCUUCUCCGCCUCUCUCCAAUGGGCUGCCGAUGGAGAGGCGGCAGAGGCAGCUGAGCUCUGCGGAGCCUUGCGGGGCCGAGCAGCGCGGUCUUCCUCCUCUUCCUCCUCCUCCUCUCCUUCGUCUCCCGAUGCCUCUCCUUCCUGCCGGGCUUCUGCAAGUGAAGGGCAGCAGCAGAGCGAGCAGAGACGGAGAGCUGUAGCAACGAGACGGGUCCCCUCUGAGGCCUCCCGUCCGCCCCUUUCCUCUCCUCUUUGCCCCGAGGAUUGGCGGAAACUAUGCGCUUUCCCAGCCUGAAAGUUUCCCCACUCUGCCUCUUCGCCCUCCUCCUCCCUUUCCUCCGGUGCGGAAACUCCCGAGGCUCCCGAAAGGACUGAGGACGCCUCUCGCCUCCUCCGGGGGAUGAUGCGCCAUCUGGGCGCCGAGGAGCCAGCCUCGUCCUCCUCCUCCUGACCUCCUCGGGUUGGCAUCGCCUGGCAUCGGGUUGCCCAAAGGAGCCCGUCUUUCUUUCUCCUCCGGCUGCUUCUCCAGAGUGACUGCGGGCACCCUUGCUCUCCCUCUCAUCCCUUCCUUGGUGGUGUCUUAACUUGAUGCCAAGAAGUCCCUCCCCGACUCUUCCUCCUCCUGCUCUCCCGGGACUGGAAUCGUGCUGCCAAGAGGAAUCCCAGCAGGAGCUGAAGACGCCUCUCCUCUGCCUCUUAUGCCCGCCCUUCCUGGGUCAUGCCUUAACUUGGUGCCCAGAGGUCCUUCCCUGACUCUUCCUCCUCCUGCUCUCCUUUGACUGGCGUUGUGCUGCUAAGAGGAAUCCCCAUCUGGAACUGAAGACGUCUCUCCUCUGCUUCCUAUGCCCCCCUGUCCUCUCCUUUCCUGGGUAAUGCCUUAACUGGGUGCCAAGAAGUCUUUCCCCGACUCUUCCUCCUCCUGCUCUUCCUGGACUGGCACCCACUUGCCAAGAAGAAUCCUGCCAGGAGCUGAAGAUACCUCUCCUCUGCCUCCUCCGACUCCUUUCCUGGGUAAUGUGUUAACUGGGUGCCAAGAAGUCCUUCCCGACUCUUCCUCCUCCUGCUCUCCCUGGAGUGGCGGGAAUCCCAUCUGGGUCUGAACACACCUCUCCUCUGCUUCCUAUGCCCUCCUUUCCUCUCCUUUCCUGGGUAAUGUGUUAACUGAGUGCCAAGGAGUUCUCCCUUUCCUCCUCCUCCCUGGACUAUUGUUAAAUUGCCAAGGAGGACAGAAGGAGCCCUUCUUUCUCCUUGAGUUGGUUCUCCAGGAACUGAAGACUCCUUUCCUCUGCCUCCAGUGUGCAAGAAAUGCCCGCCAUAACAGCUGGGCCUGCUUCAGGAGGACUGCCUUAAAUACCUCAACUUAGUCAUCAAGGGAGUGAGGGACCCCGUAUCCAUCGCAUGGGAUGAUGUGUUAAGCCAUCCCUUGCUGCCACUUCCUCUCACCCUCCUUAGAUUGCCAAAGAAGAGCCCUUCACUCAGGAGGGGACCAGAGGAGAGUAAGCAAGGCUCAUUCUCAGAGCCAGAGAGGGUCACCACAUGUCUCCCCGGACUUGCUUUCUUCAUCCCGGAGGCAGGCCAGCCUCCCAGGGAAGCAAAGGGGGGAUGCCCUCUUCUUCCCCCAGGGCCAAUGCCUGGACCGGUCCAAGGCCAGAACCCCGGGGCCCCUGCUUGUGAUGCUCAAGGGUCCCUUGGGCCCCUGGUGGUUUCCCGCUCCCCAGCAUGAAGGUCUUCCGCCGGAAGGCGCUGGUGCUCUGUUUGGGCUACGCACUGCUCCUGCUCCUCACCAUGCUUAAUCUGUUGGACUACAAGUGGCACAAGGGGCCCCAGCAGUGCAGUGAACCCUCGCCUGCCCGGCGCACACCUUACCCACAGCAGAUGCCCUUCUAUGCCUACCAGUCCCGGUCUGACACUCGCGCCCUCUACGGCCCCCCUGCACCCCUUGCCCGCAAGCGGCAGCUGGUCUACGUCUUCACCACCUGGCGCUCGGGGUCGUCCUUCUUUGGGGAGCUCUUCAACCAGAACCCAGAGGUCUUCUUCCUCUAUGAGCCGGUGUGGCACGUGUGGCAGAAGCUGUAUCCGGGCGACGCUGUUUCCUUGCAAGGGGCAGCCCGGGACAUGUUGAGUUCUCUUUACCGCUGCGACCUUUCCGUCUUCCAGCUCUACAGCACAGCCGGAGCAGGCAAGAACCUCACCACCUUGGGCAUCUUUGGGGCAGCCACCAACAAGGUGAUCUGCUCCUCACCUCUCUGCUCGGCCUACCGCAAGGAUGUGGUGGGCAUGGUGGACGACAAGGUGUGCAAGAAAUGCCCACCACAGCAGCUGGGCCUGCUCCAGGAGGAGUGCCUUAAAUAUCACACCUUAGUCAUCAAGGGAGUGAGGGUCUUUGACAUCGGAGUACUGGCCUCACUCAUGCAAGACCCUUCCUUGGCUCUCAAAGUCAUCCACUUGGUUCGGGACCCUCGAGCCGUGGCGAGCUCCAGAAUCAAAUCCCGUCAUGGUCUCAUUCGAGAAAGCCUGCAGGUGGUAAGGAGCAGGGACCCCCGUAUCCAUCGCAUGCCUUUCCUAGAUGCAGGCCACAAGCUCAAUAGCAAGAAAGAAGGGGGAGGGGGCUCAGACUACCAUGCCUUAGGGGCUAUGGAAGUGAUCUGCGGGAGCAUGGCCAGGACCUUGCAGACCGCUUUGCACCCUCCAGACUGGCUGAAGGGCAAUUAUAUGGCUGUCCGCUACGAGGACUUGGUAGUGGACCCCAUCAAGACUUUGCGGCAGGUGUAUGGCUUUGUCAACUUGAUGGUGAGCCCAGAGAUGGAGAAGUUUGCCCUCAACAUGACCAGUGGGUCUGGGUACUCCUCCAAACCCUUUGUGGUCUCUGCCAGAAAUGCUAGCCAGGCGGUGAAUGCCUGGAGGACAGCACUGAGCUUUCAGCAGAUCAAGCAAGUGGAGGAGUACUGCCACCAGCCCAUGGCCAUUUUAGGCUACGAGAGAGUCAACAGCCCUGAAGAAGUCAAAGACCUUAGCAAAACUUUACUGAGGAAGCCGAGAUUGUGAAAGUUGAGUGAGCAAUCUGUAACUUUUCAGACAAUUAUGUUUGUUUCAUAGAGAAAGAGAAAGAAAAAGUGGCACUUUCUUAAGGACAGCUAAGGAAGAAGAUUUUGAUCCUCCAGAGACUAGUAAGGAUUGGAUCACACAUGUUUGCUUUUUUAAAUUGCUGGGUGAUUAGUAAUUUAAGACACAGAGACUUCAGUAAGUAACUUAUAAGACCUCUUUUUCUCUCCAAAAUGCAAGGCACGUAAUUAUGUCGUGAUGGUGAUCAUGAAGGAUUUGCACAAUUGGCUAAGCUUUGUUUAGGUGAGAGUGGGAGAUUGAGAGGAAUAUUCCAUAAAGUAAAAAUCAGAGACUUGGACUUUUGUAUAAAGAUUUAAAUGUGAAAUGAAUAAAGAAAUUAAUAAAAGGUACUCAUUUUACAAUUA